AUGGAUAUACAUUCACUCAUGGGAAGAGCUUCGACAAUGAUGUCAGGCAAACGUAAUGAUGAUAGUAUGUGUGAUAGACUUAAUUAUCGAUAUACUGUUGCAAUUUUGGUAAUUUUUGCAAUUAUUAAUAUGAAUCGUUUAUAUACAGAUCAAAUUAAAUGUUGGGUACCAGCAUUUUUUACACCAAACUAUGAUGAAUAUGUUCGAUCAGUAUGUUUUGUUCAAAAUACAUAUUAUAUUAAACAUACAGAUAAAGUACCAAAAAAAUAUGAAAAUAAAAAAGAAAAUGAAAUAUUAUAUUAUCAAUGGAUACCAUUUCUUUUACUUAUUAAAGCAUUUCUAUUUUAUAUACCACGUAUGUCAUGGAAUACAUUUGGUUUAAAAAGUGGUGUACAAAUAUCUGAUCUUGUUGAAUCAUCUUUUGAUUAUAAAUUACCAACAACAGAUGCAAUACAUCGACAAAUGUGUCUUAAAUAUGUUAUUGAUACAAUUGAUGAUUAUUGUAAUGAUCAUCGUCGACAAAUAAAUACACGAAAACAUUUAAAUAUAUUUCAACGAAUUUUAACAGCUGGUUGGUGUUUAACAGGUAUAUAUCUUGGUAAUUAUCUUGUUGUUUUAUAUACAACAACAAAAUUAAUGUAUAUUGGUAUAUCAAUAUUUCAAAUAUUUAUAUUAAGUAUAUUAUUGGGUUCUAAUUUUGCUUUCUAUGGUGUACGAGUUAUUGAUCGUUUAUUUCGAGGUAUUAGUUGGGAUACUGAAACACGUUUAUUUCCUAAAACAACAUUAUGUGAUUUUACAGUACGUGAAUUCGGUCAUCCAAAACAAGCUCAUGAAUAUACUGUUCCAUGUGUAUUACCACAAAAUUUAUUUAAUCAACAAAUGUUUACAUUACUUUAUUUUUGGUAUGCUAUUGUAAUUUUACUUAAUAUUGCCGAUUUUGUUUUAUGGUUAUAUACAAUUUCAUCAGAAAAUCGUCGUAGUUUUAUUUGUAAACGUCUUCAUUCAAAGAAAUAUCCAUUAACAGAUAAAACUAAAGAUCAAGAAAAAAUAAAAAUAUUUGUUAAUGAUUAUCUUGAAGCUGAUGGAUUUUUUAUGUUAACAUUAAUUAAAGAAAAUAGUUCAGAUUUUGUUGCAACUGAAAUUAUUUAUCGUUUAUAUACAGAAAAAUUUCUUGAAAAAUAUUUCAAAGAAACAACAACAACAACCAUUUAUGAUGCUAUCGAUAUAAAACCAUAUGAUGAUUAUACGAAUAAUACUAAACGACGUCAACCUCUUUGUUCAAUGAUUUGUUAA